GUACGUCGCAGGGAGACCACCAAUUGACGGUUCUCUGACCUCUAUGGCUCUCCCCAUGGUUGUCGAGUAGCCUGUGGUCAGCCCAGCAAUUUUACUCAAUUCCGAGACUGGCCCACAGUUCUUGUGCUUCCAAAAAGGUCCCGUGAGCUUUUGUCUAGGAAGUCGGACUGUCCUCUUGUCUUCCUUUCCUUGUUACUCCUCCUAGCAAGAUAUUCUGCGUCAGAAAGCAGCAGAGAAUCCAAGAAGACGAAGUUUGUUCUGUCCUUCCCCACCAGAUGCAGCACGAUGGCUUCGCUUCUGGGAGUGCGCGAUGAACGACGAUCGAGGUCCAAAUCUCCCGGUGGAAGGGACCGCGAUCGCUCGAGAUCACACUCCCGCGACACCCGUGGCGACGGAGAUCGACGGGACCGAGAUCGCGACAGAAGUUCCGAUCGCAGGCGAUCGAGCAGAUAUGACGACGACGACGACGAAGACCUAGAAGACGAUCGCAGUUACAGCAAGAAGAAAUCCAGCAGCUACUAUGACGAAGAUGAAGACGAUUCUAGACGACGUUCUAAGGGUUCCAAGAAAUAUGAUGAAGAUACAAGUGAAGAUGAUAGAUACCGUUCCUCCAAACCCGGACGGGAUUCGUCAAGGAGAGAAUAUGAACCCUCGAAUGACGACAGGCGCAGAGAAGACUCGAAGAAAGAUAGACCGUCAGAAAGUGACUCUGACCGUCGUCGGUCCAACAGACAAAGCCGUCAAGAUAUAAGUGGUCGGGGCGACCCCUCAUACGGAUACCCGCCAGGCUCGGGGUAUGCGCCGCCAGAAGCCCCUGCACCACCAGGGUCUUAUCAGGAAGUUCGUCCAAGGGAUUCUAGGCAUAUGAGCUAUGUAGGCUCGGAUCCUCGUUACGCGCCUCCUGGAGGAUACGACGGCAGCUCAGCCCCACCUCGUCAUGAGAGGCAGCAGUCCUACAGUGGACCCAAGGGCGUCGAAUAUGCCCAAGUCGAGCCUUGGAAGUAUGCCCGGCCAGAGCAGAAUGUAGACUACAAGUACAAUGACGGGGCCGCUGUCUCUGGUCAGCAACAGUACGCAUCGUUUCGACCGGAAUAUGAUCGAUCGCGACCAUCAGCAUCGGAACGUGACCGCAACGGGGAUCGAAAAGAGAAGAAGAGCUCCGAUGAACGCUGCGAGACACGUGAACCACGAAACAAAAAAUACUAUGACGACGACAAAUAUAGCCAACGCGACAAGAAAUACCGUGAAGACAAAUAUGGAUCGUCUCCUGAUGAUGUCACUAAGAAAAUGUCUAAGAUGGCCGUUGCUGGUGGUGGUUUGGGAGCUGCGACACUAGGCGUUGGUAUGGCGACUCAGGGCUUUCAAGAUGGCGGCAGGCCUCCGGCGUCACCACUACUGGAGGCAUACAAAGGAACUUAUCAGUCGAUUUCGCCAAUGCCUGGCGCACUUGUGCUUGCCAACCAUAAAGAUGACUCGGACCUAUCGGACUUUGACCUGGACCAUGAGGACGAGGAUGACGCUAUUCAGAGGAAAAUCCGUAAACUUGAACGGGAGAAGGCUGAGUUCGAGAGGUCCCGUGGCAAAGCCGGCGAUCGCAACAGCAGUGGCGGAGGAUAUGAAGUCAGGGAACCCCGAGACCGCAACUCUGAUCGCGGCGGCCUGGAAACUCGUGAACCUCGAUCCCGUCGUCUGUCGAAUCUUCAGCUGGACACCAAUGCAGAGGCACGGCCGCCCGGUUCGAUUCUGCGAGAUCGCUCUCCCAACCGCAUGUCCACCACAGGAGUGUUUUCUCCGAUCACACCCAAUGGCAAGAAGACCGUGUCGUUCUAUGACCCUCGUGAUGACGCGAAACGCAUUGCCAGGGCUCUGCAGGGUAAUGGUCCGGCGGACCCUCGUCCCCUAGUCACCAUUCUGCCUCCAUUGUCCACGGACGAUUUGCUCGCUCUCCGAGCAGAGUACAAGAACUUUGCCAAGGUUUCGGGGCAGGGAAUCAACAUUGCCAAACACAUCAAAAUGCGCAUUCCAGGGAAUCUCGGCAAAGCCUGCUAUGCGACGGCUCUUGGUCGGUGGGAAAGCGAGGCUUACUGGGCCAACUCGUGGUACCAAGGCGGUGCAUCGCGGCGCGAGCUUUUGAUUGAGUCCUUGAUGGGGCGGAGCAAUCACGACAUCAAAGAGAUCAAGAAUUGUUUCAAGGACAAAAAGUAUGGCGAUGACCUUGAACGAUGCAUCCGGGCCGAACUCAAGGCAGACAAAUUCCGCAUGGCGAUCCUGCUCGUCCUCGAGGAACGACGUAUGCCAGAAUCCAACCCGGUGGAUAUCCGGCUCGUCAAGGACGAUGUAUACGAGCUCGAUCGUGUAUUGCGAGGUCAAGGCGGAGAGAGUGAGAUGAUUAAAAUCAUCGUGAUGAGGUCUGAUGUGCACCUACGCGAAAUGAUGAGAAUGUUCGAGCGGACUUAUGAAACAAACUUUGCUCGUGCCAUGAUCUCCAAGUCGAGAAAUCUGGUCGGGGAGACUUUGGCACAUAUCUUGAAUGGAGCGUUGAAUCGACCCAUGAGAGACGCUCUCCUGUUACGUCAAGCUAUCAGCGAAACUGCUCCUGGUAAAGAGAGGACUGAGUUGUUGAUCUCGAGACUGGUGCGGUUGCAUUGGGAACCCAAACAUCUGGAAAGGGUCAAGAAGAUCUACUAUGAGCGAUACAACAUCACAGUUCGGGAAGCGAUCAAGAGAGAAGUUGGCGCAUACAUGAAGACGGCCGAAGGGAAAAUGUGCUCGGAUUUCUGCGUGGAGCUGGUGGAUAGUUCGGCAUAGCUGGCUGAGGAUGGAUGAUACACCCCAUAUUCACUGGUAAACAAGACGAUCAGGUCAUGACUUCCACUGGGAUUAAAUGUCAAUCUCAUUCGCGAACCACAUUGGUCCAAAAUCAUCAAUUCUUUUCUUGAGUCGGCCCAGCGGUGGAAGUAAUGCGUGGUGAUCAGAUACAAGGUUAUACUAAUCAUGGUCUGAUGUUUGCCUGUGACAGAGUGGUGUUGCUCUGAGGAAGUCGUCGUCGUUGCACACGGCAGUUGCUUGAACGUUUCGAGAACCGCAUGGCCAGGACCAAGUUUCGCUGACUCAGGAGCUUUGACCGAAGUUGGAAUCCCGUGGAUUAGUCAAUAUAUGGGGUUCUAGUAUGCGGCUAAAUUUUGAUUACUCGAUAGAGUUCUCGACUGCUCACGAGACUGGUCGAAAUUCUUGAAAGACAUGAGCCUCACCUGAUAGAAUGUCUGACGGACCUCGGUACGGAUUAUUCGUCAUUGCUCGUGACCAUCUAUCUACCUAGCUAAAUAAAUAAAGUGA